CGCCUCGUGCGCCGCUAGCCAGCGCAUCUCAGUUCAGUGCGAGAUGAGAUCUCGUGGCUGAUGGACGUGCCCGUUUCCCACGCUCGCAGUGCAGCCUCAGCACCAGAAAAGACACUUGUGGCACUCACUAACAAUCAGUUACCGUUUUAGCACUAGUUUAGUUUAUUUCGCUUAAACAACAAAAUCACUCAAGAAAAUUCCAAAUAAAUGUGCACCUGAAAUCGUGUUUUAAUUGCAUUACGUUCCAAGCGCACCAAGCAACGGGCAAAACGACAUAAAAAUAUGUGAAAAUUUCAAAGUUUUAAAAGGGUGAAUAUUCCAACUCCAACAACGCAGAACCUCACCCGCAAAAAUCCUGCCACAGCAACCACCUGACAACAUCAACUGUAAAAUUGCAAUAGACCUUCUUAGCAGACCGAAGACAAACUCUACCCCGUCCGCCCACCAAAGACAUAACUCAGUAGAAAUUCCCUGGAAAAAGCUUAAGGAGUCGUUUAAAAAUAAUUACUUAGCAACCAGCGGCUAGCGACGCAAUGCAAUCAUCGACCGAUGCGGGCAAUGGUGGACCAAGAAAACACACGCAAACCAGCACAGUCCCCCAGAACAAGUCGGAGAUUAGCGAGACCACCUCCUUCACCAUAAACACCAGCAAUAGCCAGCAGCAACAGAAUCCCGGUGGACCUGCCAGCAAUACACCCAGCAAAAAUCCCUUCAAGCAACAGUUGGACAGCAAUCAGCAGAAUGGCAACAUGGACCAGGAUUGUGGGAUAUUGGGCGUUGGCAAAGCACCACCGGUUCCGCCGCCGCCCACCUACCAAUCGCAGCAGACAUACGGAGGAGGAAGACAGGCACCACCGCCAGCGGAUCAGUACCGCGAAGAGGAUCCACGCGCUGCCGGGUCCUGGUCCGCCGCCAAAUCCUGGAUGGUCAGCUGGCGGGGAUCCAAUCGCCUGGUGCUCGUCAUCGUAGCCAUAGCCCUGCUCCUUGACAACAUGCUGCUGACCACAGUGGUGCCCAUUAUUCCUGAGUUCCUGUACGACAUACGACAUCCGGAUGCACCGCUCGACAGUUUUCCACGCACCCCGCUAACGUCCAAUGUACCACCGCCACCAACGCCGUGUCCUUGCAACAAGGAUGGCAGCGAGGCAGCUCCGCUCGAGAUCUCCACGAUUAGUCCGGAGGAAAACGAAACCUACUACCGGGAACUAGAGGAGCGGCAUAAUGAGCUGGUGGGCGAGACCGUCGAGGUGGGACUCCUUUUCGCCUCUAAGGCGUUUGUCCAGCUGCUAGUUAACCCGAUCGUAGGACCACUCACUCAUCGAAUUGGGUACAGCAUUCCCAUGUUUGCCGGCUUCGUGAUAAUGUUUCUGUCGACCAUCAUUUUUGCCUUUGGAAGAUCUUACCUGGUUCUCUUCGUGGCCAGAGCUCUGCAGGGCAUUGGCUCAUCUUGCUCCUCGGUUUCAGGAAUGGGCAUGCUGGCGGAUCGCUUUACGGACGACAAAGAGCGUGGAAACGCCAUGGGUAUAGCAUUGGGUGGUCUGGCCUUGGGUGUGCUAAUUGGUCCUCCGUUUGGUGGGGUGAUGUACGAGUUCGUAGGCAAGUCGGCACCAUUCCUGAUCCUGGCUGCUCUGGCCCUGGGCGAUGGCCUGCUACAGUUGUUCAUGCUGCAACCAUCGAUCCAAAAGGCCGAAACUGAACCUCCCUCCCUGAAGAGCUUGAUCAGCGAUCCUUACAUCCUGAUUGCUGCUGGCGCUAUUACCUUCGCCAAUAUGGGAAUCGCUAUGCUGGAACCUUCGCUGCCUUUGUGGAUGGUGGAUAAUAUGGGCGCUACACGUUGGGAACAGGGCGUGGCUUUCCUCCCCGCCUCUAUUAGCUACCUGAUUGGCACCAAUCUCUUCGGACCACUGGGACACAAAAUUGGACGAUGGUUUGCCGCCUGCUUGGGCUUGAUCAUCAUCGGAGGAUGCUUAAUUUUCAUUCCCAUGGCCACCUCAAUCACCCACCUGAUUAUUCCUAAUGCUGGUCUAGGCUUCGCGAUUGGAAUGGUAGACUCCUCGAUGAUGCCAGAGCUGGGCUAUCUGGUUGACAUCCGACACUCGGCUGUGUACGGCAGUGUUUAUGCCCUUGGCGAUGUGGCCUUCUGCGUGGGCUUUGCCGUAGGUCCCGCAUUGUCCGGAUCGUUGGUCAAGAGCAUUGGCUUCGAGUGGAUGUUGUUCGGAAUCGCUAUCCUAUGCUUCAUGUACGCCCCGCUGCUGACUCUGCUCAAGAAUCCACCGACAAGUGAUGAAAAGAAGUCUUUGAUCUAUGGACGCGAUCGGGCUCAGGUACGUUAUGUCACCUAUCAGAACUACGAUGAAGACGAAUAAGCUAACGAUUUAACUACAACGCAAUGUUGCCAAAAGUGCAACCAAAAAUCCAAAAAAAAAGAAAGGGUAAUAAAAUCUAAAAAAAAUGAAGGCCAGAGAGGCAAAAAGUAACCGUAACCACAACCAACAAUAUCACUAAUAUCAUAUGAAUUUCCAACAGAAAUCGUUAUUCUUGUUCAAUAUUUUACACAAGUUGCACUAUAGUAUUUAUAUAUAUAUAUUUAUAGAUAUAUAUAUAUGCCAUUGAUCAUAUCAAGAAAUCACCUCCCCCUAAAGUUUUUGCACACGUUAAAACCAAGCACACAAAAUUGUGAAGAAAAUUCUAUAGAAAAAACCGAAAGUUGAGUGAAAAAAGAGCUCUAUGAAGAGCUAAAUGUUCGAAGUGACGGGUAAGUGAUUAGUUGGUGUAGGAAAGAUAAGGCAAGUGAGGAUCCUUAGAAGCCUACUAGAUAUUGGAGGCAAUUUAGUAGCCAAAGGUUUGAAAACUAUGUAUCCGUUUUUUUUGGAAGUGCAAUGAUCACUUCGAGGAACAGCAGAUGUGACUGUACGAAGACCUUAAUGAGCUUGUCA